AAGCGGGGCCGCGCAGAUCGGCAGUGUGCGCCGCGCCGGGAGCCGCUCGGAGGCCGCCGGCACAAAGGCCGCCAUGGCCGGGUACGUGCCGGGGCUGCUCCCGGCCAACCGCAGCCAGGAGAAGGAGUUCGUGCAGGCCUACGAGGACGUGCUGGAGCGCUAUAAAGAUGAACGGGACAGAGUCCAAAAGAAAACCUUCACUAAAUGGGUCAAUAAACACUUGAUGAAGGUGCGCAAGCACAUCAACGACCUGUACGAGGACCUGCGGGAUGGCCACAACCUUGUCUCGCUGCUGGAGGUGCUGUCGGGCGUGAAGCUGCCCCGCGAGAAGGGCCGGAUGCGAUUCCACAGGCUGCAGAACGUGCAGAUCGCGCUGGAUUUCCUGAAGCAGCGGCAGGUGAAACUGGUGAACAUUCGCAACGAUGACAUUACAGACGGGAACCCCAAGCUCACCCUGGGGCUCAUUUGGACGAUCAUCCUCCACUUCCAGAUCUCCGACAUCUACAUCAGCGGGGAGUCGGGGGACAUGUCGGCCAAGGAGAAGCUGCUGCUGUGGACGCAGAAGGUGACAGCGGGUUACAUCGGGGUGAAGUGCACCAACUUCUCCUCGUGCUGGAGCGAUGGGAAGAUGUUCAACGCGCUCAUCCACAGAUACAGGCCGGAUCUGGUGGACAUGGAGCGGGUGCAGAUCCAGAGUAACCGGGAGAACCUGGAGCAGGCCUUCGAGAUCGCGGAGCGGCUGGGGGUGACGCGGCUGCUGGAUGCUGAAGAUGUGGACGUUCCAUCUCCGGAUGAGAAGUCGGUGAUAACUUACGUGUCUUCAAUCUACGAUGCCUUUCCCAAAGUCCCCGAGGGAGGAGAAGGGAUCAGUGCGAUCGAGGUGGACUCGAGGUGGCUGGAGUACCAGACCCGCGUGGAGUCCCUCAUCUCCUGGAUCAAGCAGCACACGAUACUCAUGUCGGAUAAAUCCUUCCCCCAGAACCCUGUAGAGCUAAAGGCACUUUAUAACCAAUACAUACACUUCAAAGAAACUGAAAUCCCGGCGAGGGAGCAGGAGAAGGGAAGGAUAGAGGAGCUCUACAAGCUGUUAGAGGUGUGGAUUGAGUUUGGACGCAUCAAGUUGCCCCAGGGGUACCACCCCAACGACGUGGAGGAGGAGUGGGGCAAGCUGAUCAUCGAGAUGCUGGAGCGCGAGAAGCUCCUGCGGCCGGCGGUGGAGAGGCUGGAACUGCUGCUACAAAUCGCCAACAAAAUCCAGAAUGGUGCUCUGAGCUGCGAAGAAAAACUCACGCUCGCAAAGAACACACUGCAAGCUGAUGCUGCCCACCUGGAGGCCGGCCAGCCGGUGCAGUACGAGGCCGACGUCGUGGUGUACCUGCAGGAGUGCGAGGGGCUGAUCCGCCAGCUGCAGGUGGACGUGCAGAUCCUUCGGGAUGAGAAUUACUACCAGCUGGAGGAGCUGGCGUUCAGGAUCAUGCGGCUGCAGGACGAGCUGGUAACACUGAGGCUCGAGUGCACCAACCUGUACAGGAAGGGACAUUUCUCCACGCUGGAGCUGGCGCCCGCGCCCACGCUGAGCACCACGCAGCUGAAGGGAGAGUCCCUGACCAAAGGGCUGCACACCUCAUCCGCCUCCUGGUUCAGGAAGCCCAUGACCAGGACUGAGCUGGUGGCCAUCUCAUCCUCCGAGGACGAAGGCAGCCUGCGCUUCGUGUACGAGCUGCUGGCCUGGGUGGAGGAGAUGCAGAUGAGGCUGGAGCGGGCAGAGUGGGGCAGCGACCUGCCCAGCGUGGAGACCCAGCUGGAGACACAGCGGCACAUCCACAGCAGCGUGGAGGAGCUGGGCUCCAGCGUCAAGGAGGCACGGCUGUACGAGGGUAAAAUGUCUCAGAAUUUCCGCGCUAGCUACACAGAGACGCUUGGCAAGCUGGAGACACAGUACUGCAAGCUGAUGGAAACCUCGAGCUUCCGACUGAGGCACCUCCAGAGCUUGCACGGCUUUGUGUCUCGGGCCACCGCUGAGCUGAUAUGGCUGAAUGAGAAGGAGGAGGAGGAACUGGCCUAUGACUGGAGCGACAACAACCCCAACAUCGCAGCCAAGAGAAACUACUUCUCGGAGCUGACGAUGGAGCUGGAGGAGAAGCAGGACGUGUUCCGCUCCCUCCAGGACACCGCCGAGCUGCUGGCCCUGGAGAACCACCCUGCCAAGCAAACUGUGGAGGCCUACAGCGCUGCAGUGCAGAGCCAGUGGCAGUGGAUCAAGCAGCUCUGCCUGUGUGUGGAACAGCACGUGAAGGAGAACGCCGCCUAUUUCCAGUUCUUCAGCGACGCCCGUGAGUCGGAGACGUACCUGCGCAACCUGCAGGACUCCAUCAGAAGGAAGUAUUCCUGCGACCACAGCACGAGCCUGACGCGGCUGGAGGACCUGCUGCAGGACUCCAUGGACGAGAAGGAGCAGCUCAUCCAGUCAAAGAGCUCUGUCGCCAGCCUGGUGGGACGGUCCAAAAGCAUCGUUCAGCUCCGGCCCAGGAACCCGGAGCACCUGGUGAAGAGCACCAUCCCCAUCAAGGCUGUGUGUGACUAUCGGCAGAUCGAGAUCACCAUCUGCCGGAACGACGAGUGCGUGCUGGAGGACAACUCGCAGAGAACCAAGUGGAAGGUGAUCAGCCCCACGGGGAACGAGGCCAUGGUGCCCUCUGUGUGCUUCCUGAUCCCCCCUCCCAACAAAGAGGCCAUCGAGAUGGCCAACAGGGUGGAACAGUUGUACCAGAAAGUGAUGGCUCUCUGGCACCAGCUCCACAUGAACACGAAGAGCCUCAUCUCCUGGAACUACCUGAGGAAGGACAUAGCCUUGGUGCAGAGCUUCAGCAUGGAAAAGCUCCGAUCCCUGGCGCAGGGGGAGUGCCAGCAGGCACUGAGGAGCCUCCAGGCGCACUACGAGGACUUCCUGCAGGACAGCCGCGACUCGGAGCUCUUCUCGGUGUCAGACCGCCUGCGCCUGGAGGAGGAAGUGGAGUCUUCCAAGGAACACAUCCAGCAGCUGCUGGAGUCCAUGGAGAACGAAGACAAGGACGAGACAGUUGCCAGGACGUAUCUCUCUGAGCUCCAGAACAUCCGCCUGCGCCUGGAGGAGUGUGAGCAGAGACUCGUGAGCCGCAUCCAGUCCCCCAGCAGCACCCGAGCGGAUGGUGACAGCAUCCAGGAGAACGCCAUCCGCAUCGCCGAGCAGGAGCGCGUGCAGGAGGAGCUGCAGCUCCUGAAGUCCGACCUGCGCUGCGUUUCGGAGCGCUGCUACAGCUUCCUCAACAAAGCGCCCGCCGGCCCCAGCACGCCGCGCCUGCGUUCUGAGCUCGACUUGGUGGUGAACAAGAUGGACCAGAUGUACGGGCUGUCCUCUGUCUACCUGGACAAGCUGAAGACGGUUGACGUUAUCAUUCGUAACACCCAAGGAGCAGAGUCUCUGGUGAAGGGAUAUGAGGUGAAGCUGAGCCAGGAGGAGGCUGUCCCGGCCGACCUGACGGCAAUUCAGGCGCACAGAAGUGCUCUGCAGCAAUGGCUCGGGGAAGUGAAGGACAAGAACUCGGUGUUCUCCGUGUUAGAGGAGGAGAUGGCGAAGGCGAAGGCAGUGGGAGAGCGGCUGUACCAGCUGAGACAGGAGCGCAGCAUCGACCUCGAGCGCUACCAGGAGAAGGGGAGCCAGCUGUGGGACCGCUGGCAGAGAGCCUGCACCCAGAUCGAGACCCGCCACGCAGAGCUGGAGAGCAUCCAGGAGGUGCUGAGCGAUUACCGCCAGUGCCACAGGGCCCUCAUCCAGUGGAUCGAGGAGAUCACCACCCAGCAGGAGCUGAUGAAACCUGGGCAGGCAGAGGACAGCCGGGUGCUGUCAGAGCAGCUGAGCCAGCAGACGGCUUUGGCUGCAGAAAUCGAGAAAAAUCAAGCCAAAUUGGACCAGUGUCAGAAGUUCUCCCAGCAGUACUCGGCUGCUGUCAAGGACUACGAGCUGCAGCUCAUGACGUACCGUGCCUUUGUGGAGUCGCAGCAGAAGUCCCCCAUGAAGCGCCGGCGCAUGCUGUCCUCCUCAGACGCCAUCACGCAGGAGUUCAUGGAUUUGCGGACUCGGUACACAGCUCUAGUAACGCUGACCACGCAGCACGUCAAGUACAUCAGCGAUGCUCUGCGGCGGCUGGAGGAGGAGGAGAAAGUGGUGGAGGAGGAGAAGCAGGAGCACGUGGACAAGGUGAAGGAGCUCCUGGGCUGGGCUGUGGGCCUGAAGCAGAGCGUGCAAGGCAGAACAGCUGCUGCCCAGAGCAGGGAGCUGGGCGACAUCGAGAAGUCCAUCUCAGAGCAGCGGGCCCUCAAUGAGGAGCUGGCUGCAAAGAAGGAACAGGUCUCUGAGGCCAUCAAAACGUCACAAAUCUUCCUAGCAAAGCACAACCACAAGCUUUCCCAUCAGGAGAAGGAUCAGAUUUCUGCUCAGAUCACUGCACUGAAGGACACGUACCAGGCACUCUGCACUGACUCCACGGAGCAGCUCCAGCAGCUGCAGAGCCAGCUGGCUCAGGAGACAGAGCACAAGGGCAACGAAGCAGUGGCGGGAGUGAUCGAUCUUGGCACAGUAGAAAUAUUCCCUGUUUUUGGUGCCAUGCAGAGAGGUCUUAUAGAUCAGGAGACCGGCCUCGUCCUCUUAGAGGCUCAGGUGAUCACAUCUGACUUAGUUGUUCCAGAGACCAGUGAAAAACUCUCCUUGGAGGAAGGUCUGGCAAGAGACAUCAUCAACCUCAGGACGUUCCAGGUGCUGCAGGAGCUGAAGGAUGCUCUUCAGCAGGUGCAUGAAGUCAGACAUGAAGGGAGACAGCUCCUACCUGUCGCUGCUGCAAUAGAAGAGGGGAGGAUUAGUGAGAGCACUGGGCUAAGGAUUCUCGAGGUUGAACUUGUCACCGGCGGCUUUAAAACCCACCAGGGCAGAAUCGGCAUGGAGAGAGCUGUCCAAGAGAGGCUCCUUCCUCCCCAGCUUUACUCCAGACUGCUGUCCCACCUGGAGAGUAACAAGGAUUUGAUUGACCCCAACACUGCUGAGAAAAUCAACCUAUCUGAGCUCAUGCAGCGAUGCAUCUUCCACCAAGACACUGGACUGAGGUUGCUCCCGGUCAAGCAGCUGGCGGGUGGGAUGGUGAGCCUGAAAUCGGGCAGAAAAGUCAGCAUCUUCCGUGCUGUCCAGGAAGGGCUGAUAGACAGGCAGGUGACGGUGAGGCUGCUGGAAGCCCAGCUCUUUGCUGGUGGCAUUGUUGACCCCAGGACAGGGCACAGGCUGGCUGUGGACGAGGCUGUGAGACAUAAUUUAAUUGACCAGGAUUUGGCAUGCACACUUCUAAUCCGGCAGCUUCAGACAGGUGGCAUCGUUGAUACAGUCACAGGAGAGAGACUGACAGUUGAUGAAGCUGUAAGGAAAGAGCUGGUAGCACCACGGGUUGCUUUGGUGAUCCUGGAAUCCCUCCAGUCCUUCAUGGGGCUCCUGUGGCCGGAGACAGGGGAGGUUGUCCCAGCUGCAGAUGCUUUAGAGCAAGGGAUCCUGUCUACAGAGCUGGCUUACAAGAUUCUCAGCAAGAGGCAGCUCAUUAAGGCUGUCUUUAUACCAGAAACCACUGAGGUGCUUUCCUGGAAGAAAGCAGUGGAACAUGGCAUCUUAGAAAGAGAUGUGGCAAAGAAGCUGAAAUCAACGGUGAUACCUGAUGUGAUGGGCAGCGUGCAGCUGGCCCGUGCUCCAAGCAGGAGCUCCUCUGGAGGGGGUCCCACAGGGCACCAGGGGCAAAGGGACCCUGAGCUGAGGAGCGACGAUGAAAGGCUGAUGUUCCACUUGAUGACCCACAGCUACAUCAACAUCCACGAUGGGCAGAAGCUGCUCUUAGUAGAUGGAGAGUUGAGCAAUCUCACUAAAGACCUCUUCCAAACCCAAGAAAAUGGAUCCUGUGCACACCCACUGGAAGACAAGGAAGGCUUUGAAGAGACAAAGGAAACUGCAGCUCUUGAAAGAGAGCCUUGCAAUGGUGUGGCUGUGCAGCAGCUUGAGCUGCAGCUUGCUCCUCCAAAGGAAGAAAGCAAGAAGGUCCUGCCACCCAGACCCGCUUUGGAGAACGGGGAGGUGGUGGUGGGGCCUGGAAGGCUCCUGCUGGACCAUGCAGGAGAUGUUGUGCAUGUGGGGAAGCAGGGGCAGGUUUGCACUGAACAGGCCACCACCCAAAGUGAAACUGAUGCUGAAUCCAGGAGAGAGCAAAUAGUUUCUACAAGCAAGGAGAAGCAUCAGGUAAAAUUAUCUGUGCCAGGACGUCCCGGCGACUCUGGUAGAGGAUUCAGAGAAACAGAGGAAACGAUCAUUGAAGCAGAAGAGUCCAAACCCACUGCAGCGGAUGGAGUGGAACACGUCAAAGAUCAGAAGAAGGCAUUGGAAACUGGGGCAGGUGUUGUGAAAAGCGAAAGCCGUUUGGUGGUGCAUAUUUGUGAAAGUAGAGAGAGACUGGAAAUUGUGGCAGGGAGAUCUCAGGAUGUGGAGGAACCUGAAUUAGAGGGAGAGGGUGUUGGAGAGAUUUACUCGCUGAAUGAGGAGGCAGUUCAGAACGGCGCGCUGGGAGGAGAGGAGGCCGCGCUCACUGGAACUGCGGAGGCUGAGCAAGUGGAGGAGUACACUGAAAAUAUUGAGAGCGUAUUGCAUGUGGAAGAGGGAGAGAGGGAAGAAGUGCCGGGUGGUGAGAGCGUUGGUGAUGCAGCCCUGCCCCAGCCCCCGGAGCAGGACGAGGAGAGCAGCUUGGAAAUGCUGCUGACCCAGCUCCAGAGCGGUGGCAUAGUCUGUGAGCAGAUGGGCAGAACUCUUCUUCUGAACGACGCUGUGGCCUGCGGUGCGGUGCCCGGCCACACGGCUGUCAAACUCAUGGAGAAAAUGAGGAUGUUCAGUGGCUUCUUUGACUCACACACACGUGAAUCUUUAACCACCGAGGAUGUUAUUGAAGAAGGUCUGAUGGAUGAGAAGCUUCUCCAGAAGGUCCUCGUGUCUGACAAAGCUAUCAGUGGUGUUCUGGACCCGGGCAAUAACUUUGUGUACUCCAUCAAGGACGCUGCUGCCGUUGGCCUUCUGGACAAGGAGACGGCGAUGAGACUCUUGGAGGGGCAGGUGGUUACUGGAGGGAUCGUUGACUUGAAACGUGGCAAAAAAGUGUCGGUCACUUUGGCUUCAAACCUCGGCCUCAUAGAGCCAACGAGUCAGAAGGAGCUGGUCAAACUGGAGAAGGCUUCCAAAGGGAAAAGUACCGACGAGGCCACCAGGCAGAAGCUCCUUAGCUUACAGGCUGAAACCAGCGGGAUUGUGGAUCCCAAAACCAAGCAGCCUUUGUCUGUUGCUCAGUCUGUUGAAAGAGGGCUCCUUGAGAGGGAAAAAGCAUUUCAGCUGCUGACCAAGCAGAUUGCUGGCGGAGGGAUCCUUCACCACGUGUCGGGAAUGAGGCUCUCGGUCAGUGACGCCAUGAAACACGGCUUGAUCGAUCAAGAUCUGUGUAAUGAACUCAUGAAGGCUGAAGGCGUGUGCCUGCAGGAAUGCACUCACCCUGUGACGAAGGAAAAGCUGCCCUUGUCCCAGGCGGUGUUGGCAGGGAUCGUUAGCCCGGAAUUCCAGAGGAAAGUGCAAGAAAUCCAGGCUGGGACUGGAAGCGUUAUCGAUCCCGCUUCUGGGCAGAGGAUGGCACUCAGCCGCGCGGUGCAGGAGGGGCUGCUGCCCCGGGAGGUGGUGGAGAAAGCCCUGUCCUCCCCGGAGCUGAAACAUGGCAUCGUAGACCCCGAGAGCUGCAUGGUCGUGCCCUACGCCGAGUUGGUAAAGAAGUGCAAAAUUGAUAUUGAGUCUGGGCAGAGGUACCUGGAGGUGCAUCCCUUCUGGGCCAUGCGGGACGAGGCGUCGGGCAGAGCGCUGACGUGUGCCGAGGCGGUGCGGACGGGGAGGGCCGACCCCCUGCCCACGCUGCGGCUGCUGCAGGGCCAGGCCGACAGCGGGGGCUUCGUGGAGGGGGCUGUCAGCAGCAGGCUGUCCCUGCAGGCCGCUCUGCAGCGGGGGCUGCUGGACGAGGGGAUGGCCACGGUCAUCGGCAGCAGGCAGCUGAGGGCCGGCGGCAUUGUGGACGCUAGCAGUGGGAAAAGAUUGGCGUUAGAGGAAGCUGUUGAAAAGGGACUGAUUGGCCAAAGGUUAGCUGCUGCUCUUCAAGAGGCGCAAACGUCAUUAGAGAACUAUGGCUCCGAGGUUCUCACGGUGGAUAUACCCCCCCUUUCCCAGGAAAAAGUGGAAAAAGGAUCUCUCAAAGAGGAAGGUGUGGUCCUGCAUAGCGGUGCUGCUAUGUCCAAUGGUGCGGAGCACAAAUCCGGGUCCCCAGCAAAGGGAGGGAAACCAAAGCUGAUCCCUCUGGAGGCUUCAGAGGAGAGUGUGAGAGAGCAGCGAGAAAUGGGUGAAACAGUCCCAGGAUACCCCUCAGCACUGGGUGCAGCAUCGCUCUCUGUAGAGAUGGUGAUGAAGGUGACGGAGACAGGGACUGCAGAAGGCAGCUCCCAUGUGCGAGCAGCGAGGGGGAAGGAAGCAGGAGGGGAAGCAGCAGAGCUGGGGACAGGGAAGGUAGCGGGAUUGGAGGAAGAGCUUUGUAGUGCUAAGGACAGCAAGGAGAGGAGGAGAGGGUUUGUGAGUGCGGAUGGGGCUCUGGCAGAAGGUGCAGUCAUGGCCUCUGAGCAAGGGGAGAGGGUGGGCAUCCGGGAGCAGGGAGCACAAGCAGCCCCCAGGGAAUCUAUGGGUCCAGGAGAGGAGGAGUUGGGUCCUACAAUGCCCAGAGAAACCCCUGAGGCCAGUGUCUCUGUGAAGCCUGCAAGAGACAAACCUGCAGGUAGAAGAGCUGUGGGAGAAAUCCCCAGACCGGAGGCAGAAGGUCGGGGUGAUCAGGAAGGAAGAGGUGAAACUGAGUUAAAACCUGCCCAGAAACAAAAAAGCAAGAAAAGGAGAACAAAGCAGUCUGAUGUCUCAGGAGACAGAGCUCAGCUGGAGAAACCUUCUGUAGAAAAGCAGUCCCUUCCCAUUCCAAUAUCCAAAGAAAUUCCAGGGAAAGUGGAAGAGGAGGACUUUGUCUCAGGAGCUCCAGAACCAAAGCCUGAGGCUGCCCCCAAGGAGCUUGCUGCUGGCUGGGCAGAAGAUGCAGCCAAGCAAAAGCAGAUGGAGAGCAGCAGGGAUAGAAAAGCAAAGCCAAUCCCUGGGAAAGACUCAGCAAAGUUCACAGGGGUCCAGGUGCUCCCCACCCCCCCGGAACCAGGGGAAGCAGCAGCAGUGCUGAGAGCUGCGGUCAGGGAGGGUCCCCGUUCCUCUGCAGCAUUGCAGCUGGAGGGGACGCUGAGCCAGGAGAAGGCUGAAGCGGAAACCACCAGUGAUGCGUUCGCCGCAGUCAGCGAAAAACCAGAUGAGUUAAUCAUCAGAGAGGAACCCGCAGGAGUUCAGGACACCUGCACGCCCCCCCUGGAGCUCGGAGCUGACCUCCUGCAGCAGCAAGCAGCAGCCGUCAGCACGGGCCGAGCUGCUGGGCCCGCUGCCCCUGGGCCCCAGGGAGAAGCCGCCCAGGAGAAGCCCCGGCAGCCGGGUCCUGGCGAUCGGGGGCUGCUGCUGCCGGUCAUCGUGGAGGGAGAGCUGCUGGAGACCUCGAGCGACUCUGCCAGACCUGCCCAGAUCAAGUUCAGCAAGAAGAUGUGCCUGGAGCACGACGAGAAGCUCAUCUCCUAUCUCUCCAUGCUGCGAGACAUUGAGAUGAGAAUUAAACGUGUGCAGCCAACGGAGCAGAACCUGGACGCGCUGCAGACGCUGCUGCAGCAGGCAGAGGCCCUGGGCGCCGAGCUGCGGGAGCUCAGCUUUCCAGUGAAUCAGGAGUUGGACGCCGUGAAGCGGAUCGUGGCCAACCCGCCUGAAGAAGUCCCUGAGCAACUACUGAAGGCUUUGGAGAAGGACGCCAAGAACCUCCAGAAGUCUCUGAGCUCCGCGAGCGAUGUCCUGGAGUCCCGGCUGCAAAACCUUCGCGGUGCAGCAGAAACCCAAAAGGCUGAAAUCACAGCGCACCACGAGACCCUCCAGGGGAAGCUGCAGGAGCUGCUGCACUGGGUGUCCGGCACGGCGCGGGCGCUGGACGGCAGCGAUUACCAGCACACGGCGGAUGCAGGCAGCUUGAGUCGCUGCCUCCAACGCUAUAAGGAGCUGAGCGAGCCCCUUGCUGACACCAAGUCUCAGCUCGACGCCACCGCCUUCGACGUUCAGUUCCUUAUCUCAGAGCACGCCCAGGACCUGAGCCCCCAGCAGAGCAGGCAGCUGCUGCGGCUGCUCAACGAGCUGCAGUCGGCUUUCCGGGAGCUGGCGGGGCGCGUGACGGCGCAGGUGGAGGUGCUGCAGGUCUGUCUCCAGCGAGCGGAGCAGACGGAUCAGGUGAAGACGCUGCAGGAGCAGCAGGCAGCCCGUGCCCAGAACCUGGCCGAGCUCAGCUCCUGGCUGGCAGCGGCCGAGGACACGCUGGCGGAGCAGCAGCGAGCAGCCAGCCAAGGGGACCUGCCCGCCUUGCAGCAGAGGCAAAGCGACGUGAAGGAGCUGCAGAGGAGCAUGCACAGCCGAGCUGCCUCCUUCGCCAGUGUCCUGAAAAGCACAGAGGAGUUUUUGGAGGAGAACAAGGCAAAGAUGGAGCCUGGGGAGCUGGCAGUACUGCAAGAGAAACUUCAGCGUGCCAAGGAGCAGUACCAGUCCCUGCAGGAGAGGACAGAGAUGGCCCAGAAAGAGCUGGAAAGCGCUGUGACUGCUGCAGUGCAGCAGGAGACUGAAAAGGUGAAAGCUGCCAAAGAGCUGCAGGAGAACAGCAAUAAGAUCGAUGCCCUCCUGAGCUGGGUGGCAUCGCUGGAGCAGAAGGGAGAGCUCCCGCAGUACAGACCGCACCCUGUCGAGAGAGCUGGGAAGGGUGCAGGGGACAUCCCUGACGGGCACGUGGGGGGAGCAGCCAGCACCGCCGAGAGCCUGGAUGAGCAGUACGAGGGGCUGAAGGCCCGGCACCAGGAGCUGCUGUCCCAGCAGCAGGACGUCAUCCUGGCCACACAAGCAGCGCAGGCAUUCCUGGACAAGCAUGGCCAUAGCCUGCCCGGGGAGGAGAGGGCCCGGCUGCAGGGCGGGCUGGCGGAGCUGAAGGAGCGCUACGCGGCGUCCCUGUCGCGUUCCGAGGUGCAGCUGAAGCAAGUGCAAGUGCUGCGGGACGAGCUGCAGAAGUUCUUGCGGGACCACGGGGAGUUCGAGGCGUGGCUGAAGCAAGCGGAGCAGGAUCUGGAGGGGAUGUGCAAAGGGGACAGCGACCCUGCGUCCCUCCGGCAGCUGCUGCUGCGGCAGGGCAGCUUCUCCGAAGAUGUCAUCUCCCACAAAGGCGACCUGCGCUUCGUCACCAUGUCGGGUCAGAAGGUGCUGGAUGCUGAGGGAGCUGCGGGGGAUGCAGGGUCAUCCGGGAGCGUGGUGAAGAGCAAGCUGGAGGACGCGAGCCAGCGGUACGCCACGCUGCACUCCAAGUGCACCAAGCUCGGCUCCCACCUGAGCACCCUGCUGGACCACUACCAGCAGUUCCAGGAGGUGGCAGAGUCUCUCCGGACGUGGCUGGAGGACAGCGAAGCUGCGGUUGGGAAGCUGCUCUCAGAGAGCAUUUCUUCAGAUCCCACAGCUCUGCAGGAGCAGCUCGCCAGCGCGGGGCAGCUGCAGGGAAACCUCGCUGAGCAUCAGGUGCCAGUGGAGAAGCUCCAGAAAGCAGCUCGGUCUCUGCUGGAGGUGCAAGGAGAGCCAGCCCCUGACCAUGGGCACAUUCGGGAAACAACAGACGCUAUCGUGAGCCGCUUCCAGAGCCUCUCCCAGCAGAUGGCCGAGCGCUCGGACCUGCUGCAGAAAUCCAUCGCGCAGUCCCAGAGCGUCCAGGAGAGCCUGGAGAGCCUCCUGCAUUCAGUAGCUGAUAUCGAGAGGAGCCUGAGCGCAGAGCAGCCGGGCACGCUCUCCUCCGCCGCCAUCCAGGACUCUCUGGCCACCAGCGCGAAGCUGAAGCAGGACAUCGCCCGGCAGAGGAGCUGCCUGGAAGCCACCCGCGAGAUGGUGACGCGCUUUGCGGAGACGGCGGACGGCAGCACGGCCACUGCCCUGCAGGGCAAGCUGGCGGAGGUGGCGGAGCGCUUCGGCAGACUGUGCCAGCAGCAGCAGGAGAAAGAGGAGGUGCUGAAGGGUCUCCUGCCCAAGGUGGAGCAGUACGAGCAGCUCUCGGAGAAGCUGCAGCAGUUCACGGAGAGCAGAGCACGGAUGCUGGCAUCCGGGAACCAGCCGGAGCGGGACAUCGCUCGCUUCUCCCAGCACCUCCAGGAGCUGAACGCGGAGAUGGGGCAGCACCAGGAGGACCUGGCUGCCCUGGAGCAGCUGGCCGUGGAGCUGGGUGCCAGUGGCUUCGUGCCCGGCACCGCUGCGCAGCAGGAGAAGCUGCAGAGCCUGAAGGAGGAGUUCCUGCAGCUGCAGAAGGUGGCAAAGGAGAGAGAAAGGGACGCCUCGUCCUGCCAGGAGCAGCUGGACGAGUUUCGGAGGUUGGUGGCAGCCCUGCGGAGGUGGCUGAGGGACAGCGAGGGCAAAGUGCCGCCCGCAGACACCUCGCUGGGCACCCAGGAGCUGCAGCGGCGCAGGCAGCAGGUCCAGGAGCUGCUGGAGGAGUGGUCGGGGAAGGGUCCGCAGGUGGAGGAGCUCGGCCACAGGGGGACCCUCCUGGAGAACCUGAUCGUGGAGAUCACAGCCCCCGACAGUCAGGCCAAGGCGGGUUCUGUGCUGCCCGCAGUGGGAGGGCCCCUGGGCAGCGUGAACGGAUUCCACACUUGCAAAGAUCUGACCGAGAUCCAGUGCGAUGUGUCGGACGUCAGCCGGCAGUACGAGGGUCUCGGCGCCGCGCUGCGGGAGCGCCUGCAGCAGCUCUCGGCCAUGCUGGAGAAGAUGCAAGCAGUGCAGGAGGAGGCAGGUGCCGUGCUGCAGUGGCUGGAGUCGAAGGAGCGGACGCUGUCGGAGCUGGAAGCCUCCUCCUCACCCACCAAGACGGAGACGAUGCGGGCUCAGGCCGAGCACAACAAGGCGUUUCUGGCUGAAUUGGAACAGAAUUCCGGAAAGAUCCAGAAGGUAAAGGAAGCACUUUCUGGCUUGCUGGAGAAAUAUCCAGAUUCUCCAGAAGCAGCAAACUGGAAGAAGAUGCAGGAAGACCUGAACUGCAGGUGGGAACGAGCCAGCCAGGCAACGGCCGAGCGGCAGCAGAAGCUGGAGGAGUCGGCCAACCAGCUGGCCAGCUUCCAGGCGGCCGAGGCGCAGCUGCGGCCCUGGCUGAUGGAGAAGGAGCUGAUGAUGAGCGUGCUGGGACCACUCUCCAUCGACCCCAACAUGCUGAGCGCACAGAAGCAGCAGGUCCAGUUUAUGCUGAAGGAAUUUGAAGCUCGCAGACAACAGCACGAGCAGCUCAACCAGGCAGCUCAGAGCAUCCUCACCGGCCCGGGAGAUGUUUCCCCAUCCACCAACCAAGUGCGGGAGGAGCUCCGAGGGGUCAACCAGAAAUGGUCCGAGCUGACAGAACGCCUCAACUCCCGCUCCAGCCAAAUUGACCAAGCCAUAGUGAAGAGCACCCAGUACCAGGAGCUCCUCCAGGGCCUCUCCGAGAAGGUGAAGGCGGUCGGGCAGCGCCUGAGCAGCCAAUCUGCCAUCAGCACGCAGCCCGACGCCGUGAAGCAGCAGCUGGAGGAGACCAGUGAGAUCCGCUCAGACCUGGAGCAGCUGGAGGAGGAGAUUGCGGAGGCUCAGACGCUCUGUGACGACCUGUCUGUUCUGAUUGGGGAGCAGUAUCUCAAAGAUGAGCUACGGAAGCGGCUUGAAACGGUGGCUCUUCCUCUCAAAGGGCUGGAAGACCUUGCAGCCGACCGGAUGAACCGACUGCAGACCGCGCUUGCAAGUUCCCAGCAGUUCCAGCAUAUGUUUGAUGAACUCAGGACCUGGCUCGAUGACAAACUAUGCCAGCAAGCUCGGAGCAAACCUAUCUCUGCUAGACUGGAGAGGCUCCAGAGCCAAAUUCAGGAGCAAGAGGAGUUCCAGAAGAGUCUCAACCAGCACAGUGGCUCCUAUGAGAUGAUUGUGGCUGAGGGGGAAUCGUUGCUGCUUUCCGUCCAGCCUGGGGAGGAGAAGACCGCUCUUCAAAACCAACUGGUCAGCCUCAAAACGCACUGGGAAGAGCUGAGUAAGCAGGCUGCUGACAGGCACUGCAGGCUGAAGGACUGCCUGCAGAAAGCCCACAAGUACCAGCGGCACACGGAGGACCUGCUGCCGUGGGUGGAGGACUGCAAGGCCAAGAUGUCGGAGCUGGAGGUAACGCUGGACCCGGUGCAGCUGGAGGCCGUGCUGCUGCGCUCCAGGGCUCUGCUGAGCGACGUGGAGAAGCGGCGCUCCUUGCUGGAGGUGCUGAACAGCGCUGCCGACGUUCUGAUCGACGCCUCGCAGGCCGACGAGGACGACAUCCGCGACGAGAAGGCUGCGAUCAACCAGAAGAUGGACGCCAUCACGGAGGAGCUGCAGGCCAAGACGGGCUCCAUCGACGAAAUGUCGCAGAGGCUCAAGGAGUUUCAGGAGAGCUUCAAGAACAUCGAUAAGAAGCUGGAAGGGGCAAAGCACCAGCUGGAGAUCUUCGAGGCGCUGGGGCCGCAAGCCUGCAGCAACAAGAACCUGGAGAAGCUCAGGGCGCAGCAGGAGGUGCUGCAGGCGCUGGAGCCGCAGGUGGAUUACCUGAAACACUUCACGCGAGGACUGGUGGAAGAUGCCCCCGAUGGGUCGGACUGCUCCCAGCUCCUGGGCCAAGCCGAGGUGGCUCAGGAGGAGUUCAGAGCGGUGAGGCAGAAAGUGAAUGACUGCUGCGUGCUGAUGGAAAACAAGCUGGAAGGGAUCGGCCAGUUCACGGGUCGGGUGAGGGAGAUGUUCUCGCAGCUGGCGGACCUCGACGAUGAACUGGACAGCAUGGGACCCACUGGGAGGGACGCCGACAGCCUGCAGUCCCAAGCAGAGGACGUUCGCACGUUCCUGGGCAAACUGCAGGGGCUGAAGGCUGACAUUGAGGCUUCUGAAAGUGAAUGCAAGAAGAUGCUUGAGGAUGAGGGGAGCCCUGAUUUAUUAGGACUGAAACGUGAACUGGAGACGCUGAAUAAGCAGUGCAACAAGCUGACCGAGAGGGGCAGGAGCCGACAGGAGCAGGUGGAAACGACGCUGGCGCGCGUUGAGGACUUCUACAGCAGAUUGAAGGAGCUGACCCACAUGACAACAGCGGCGGAGGAGAGCGAGGCUCUGCAGUGGGUGGUGGGCACAGAGGUUGAGACCAUCAACCAGCAGCUGGCCGACUUCAAGCUGUUCCAGAAGGAGCAAGUGGAUCCUCUCCAGCUAAAACUGCAGCAAGUGAAUGGAGUUGGCCAAGGACUCAUCCAAAGCGCCGGGAAAAACUGUGAUGUCCAAGGGCUGGAGCAUGACAUGGAAGAGAUCAACACGCGCUGGAACACCCUCAACAAGAAGGUGGCCCAGAGGAUCGCCCAGCUGCAGGAGGCCCUGCUGCGCUGCGGGAAGUUCCAGGACGCCCUGGAGCCCUUGCUGAGCUGGCUGACCGACACCGAGGAGCUCAUCUCCAACCAGAAACCUCCCUCUGCCGAGUACAAGGUGGUGAAAGCGCAGAUCCAGGAGCAGAAGCUGCUCCAGCGACUCCUGGAUGACCGCAAAGCCACCGUCGAGAUGAUCCAGGCGGAGGGCGGGCGCAUCGCGCAGUCAGCAGAGCCCGCAGACCGGGAGAAGAUCGCCGGGCAGCUGGAGAGCCUGGAGAGCCGCUGGGCAGCACUGCUGCGCCGGGCAGCGGGCAGGCAGAAGCAGCUGGAGGACAUCCUGGUGCUGGCAAAGCAGUUCCACGAGACCACGGAGCCCGUCUCAGACUGGCUGUCGGUGACGGAGAAGAAGUUGGCCAACUCGGAGCCCAUCGGCACGCAGACCGCCAAGAUCCAGCAGCAGAUCAGCCGGCACAAGGCUCUAGAGGAGGAGAUAGAGGCCCACGCGGCCGACGUGGCCCAGGCGGUGCGCGUCGGGCAGGGGCUGUCCGCCCUGAGCUGCGCCGCCGAGCAGCGGCUGCUGGCAGAGAAGCUGGACUCUCUGCGGGGCCGCUACGGCGAGGUCCGCGAGCGGUGCUGCCGAAAGGCAGCUCUGCUGGAGCAGGCCCUGUGUAACGCCAGGCUCUUUGGGGAGGAGGAGGUGGAAGUGCUCAACUGGCUGGCUGAGGUCGAGGACAAGCUCGGCUCGGUAUCCGUAAAGGAUUACAAACGGGACGUCCUGCAGAAGCAGCAUGCUGACCAGCUGGCUCUGAACGAGGAAAUUGUGAACAGGAAGAAAAACGUGGACCAAGCCAUCAGAAACGGGCAGGCUCUCCUGAAGCAAACCACAGGGGAGGAGGUGUUGCUCAUCCAGGAGAAGCUGGAUGGAAUUAAGACCCGCUACUCGGACAUCACCGCCGCCAGCUCCAAGGCGUUGCGCACGCUGGAGCAGGCUCGUCAGCUGGCCACCAAGUUCCAGUCCACGCACGAGGAGCUCAAUGCCUGGAUGAGCAAAGUGGAGGAUGAGCUGGCAUCCAGUGGGGGACAGUCCCCAGCCAGCGAGCAGAUACCCCAGUUCCAGCAGAGGCAGAAGGAGCUGAAGAAAGAGGUGAUGGAGCAGCGGCUCGUUCUGGACACGGUGAACGAGGUGAGCCGGGCGCUGCUGGAGCUCGUGCCAUGGCGAGCCCGCGAGGGGCUGGACAAGCUCGUCUCAGACACCAACGAGCGCUACAAGCUGGUCAGCGACACCAUCAAGCAGCGGGUGGAGGAGAUAGAUGCUGCCAUUCAGAGGUCCCAGCAGUACGAGCAGGCGGCCGACGCGGAGCUGGCCUGGGUGGCUGAGACCAAGCGGAAGCUGAUGGCGCUCGGAGCCAUCCGGCUGGAGCAGGACCAGACCACGGCCCAGCUGCAGGUGCAGAAGGCUUUUUCCAUCGACAUUAUUCGGCACAAAGACUCCAUGGAUGAGCUGUUCAGCCAGCGCAAUGAGAUCUUUGGGACGUGUGGGGAAGAGCAGAAAGCUGUUCUCCAGGAGAAAACAGAGUCCCUGGUGCAGCAGUACGAGGCCGUGAGCCAGCUCAACGCGGAGCGCUACGCUCGCCUGGAGCGCGCGCAGGUCCUGGUCAACCAGUUCUGGGAGACCUACGAGGAGCUGAGCCCCUGGAUCGAGGAGACCCAGGCCCUGAUCUCCCAGCUGCCCCCUCCGGCCAUCGACCACGAGCAGCUCAAGCAGCAGCAGGAGGACAUGAGGCAACUGAGAGAGUCUAUUGCUGAACAUAAGCCUCAUAUCGACAAGCUGCUGAAAAUCGGACCGCAGCUCAAGGAUCUCAACCCUGAGGAAGGGGAGAUGGUGCAGAAAAAGUACUCGACAGCAGAGGCCAUGUAUGCCAAAAUCAAGGAGGAGGUGUGUCAGCGGGCUCUCGCUCUGGAUGAAGCCGUCUCGCAGUCCACUCAGAUUACGGAGUUCCACGACAAGAUCGAGCCCAUGCUGGAGACGCUGGAAACCCUCUCCUCCCGCCUGCGCAUGCCACCCCUCAUUCCUGCCGAGGUCGAUAAGAUCCGGGAGUGCAUCAGCGAGAACAAAAACGCCACGGUGGAGCUGGAGAAGCUGCAGCCUUCCUUCGAGGCUCUGAAACGGCGCGGGGAGGAGCUGGUCGGCAGGUCGCAGGGCGCGGACAAGGACCUGGCAGCAAAAGUAAUCCAGGAUAAGUUGGAUCAGAUGGUCUUCUUCUGGGAAGACAUCAAAGCUCGAGCAGAGGAACGCGAGAUGAAGUUCCUCGAUGUCCUGGAGCUUGCAGAGAAGUUCUGGUAUGACAUGGCAGCCCUCCUGACUACCAUCAAAGACACGCAGGACAUCGUUCAUGACCUGGAGAGCCCAGGGAUUGACCCAUCCAUCAUCAAGCAGCAGGUGGAAGCGGCAGAGACUAUUAAGGAGGAAACGGAUGGCUUGCAUGAAGAGCUGGAGUUCAUCCGACUCCUUGGAACUGAUUUAAUUUUUGCCUGUGGUGAAACUGAGAAACCAGAAGUGAAAAAGAGCAUUGAUGAGAUGAACAGCGCAUGGGAAAAUCUAAACAAAACUUGGAAGGAGAGGCUUGAGAAGCUUGAAGAGGCCAUGCAGGCGGCUGUGCAAUACCAGGAUACUCUUCAAGCCAUGUUUGACUGGCUGGAUAACGCCGUCAUUAAGCUCUGCAACAUGUCUCCUGUUGGCACUGACCUCAGCACGGUUAAGGAGCAAAUGAACGAGAUGAAGGAGUUUAAAAUGGAGGUUUACCAGCAGCAGAUUGAGAUGGAAAAGCUUAAUCACCAAGGUGAACUGAUGCUAAAAAAAGCUACAGAUGAGACAGACAGAGACAUCAUAAAGGAGCCACUGACAGAGCUGAAACACCUCUGGGAGAAUUUGGGCGAGAAGAUUGCUCACAGACAGCACAAGCUUGAAGCCGCUCUCCUGGCCCUCGGCCAGUUCCAGCACGCGUUGGCGGAGCUGAUGGCCUGGCUGACCCACACCGAGGAGCUGCUCGAUGCGCAGAAGCCCAUCAAUGGAGACCCAAAAGUCAUCGAGGUUGAACUUGCGAAGCACCAUGUGCUGAAGAACGACGUCCUGGCCCACCAAGCGACUGUGGAGACGGUGAACAGAGCGGGCAACGAGCUCCUGGAAUCGAGCGCAGGGGACGACGCCAGCAGCCUGAGGAACCGCCUGGAGAGGCUGAACGCGUGCUGGGAGGCGGUGCUGCAGAAGACAGAAGAAAGGGAGCAGCAGCUGCAGUCCACCCUGCAGCAGGCCCAGGGUUUCCAUGGUGAGAUUGAAGACUUCCUCCUGUGGCUAACGAGAAUGGAGAGCCAAUUGUCUGCAUCAAAACCCACGGGAGGGCUGCCAGAAACUGCCCGGGAACAGCUCAAUGCCCACAUGGAGCUGUACGGCCAGCUGAAAGCGCGGGAGGACGUGUACAGCCAGCUGCUGGCCAAGGGGCGGCUGAUGCUGCUGAACCGCGACGACUCGGGCUCGGGCUCCAAGACAGAGCAGAGCGUCGCGCUGCUGGAGCAGAAGUGGUGUCUGGUCAGCACCAAGAUGGAGGAGAGAAAGGCAAAGCUGGAGGAGGCUCUCGCCCUGGCCACGGACUUCCAGAACUCCCUCCAGGACUUCAUCAACUGGCUGACGCUGGCCGAGCAGAGCCUGAACAUCGUGCCCCCUCCCAGCCUCAUCCUCAACGCCGUGCUGGCCCAGAUCGAUGAGCACAAGGUGUUCGCCAAUGAAGUGAAUGCUCAUCGGGAUCGCAUCAUCGAGCUGGACCAAACUGGGAACCAGCUGAAGUUCCUCAGUCAAAAGCAGGACGUGGUGCUGAUCAAGAACCUGCUGGUGAGCGUCCAGUCCCGCUGGGAGAAGGUGGUGCAGCGCUCGGUGGAGCGGGGCCGGGCUCUAGAUGACGCCAGAAAGCGAGCCAAGCAGUUCCAUGAAGCUUGGAAGAAACUGAUUGACUGGCUGGAGGAUGCAGAGAAUCACCUGGACUCUGAGUUGGAGAUUUCCAACGAUCCUGACAAAAUCAAGCUUCAGCUCUCCAAACACAAGGAGUUCCAGAAGACGCUGGGUGGGAAGCAGCCUGUCUACGACACCACUAUCAGGACAGGCAGAGCCCUCAAGGAAAAAGCUUUGCUUCCAGAUGACACUCAAAAGCUGGACAACUUGCUGGGAGAAGUCCGGGAUAAAUGGGACACAGUGUGCGGCAAAUCUGUGGAAAGGCAGCACAAGCUGGAAGAAGCGCUCCUGUUCUCUGGGCAGUUCAUGGAUGCACUGCAGGCCUUGGUGGACUGGCUGUACAAGGUGGAGCCCCAGCUGGCAGAAGACCAGCCCGUCCAUGGCGACCUGGACCUGGUCAUGAACCUGAUGGACGCUCACAAGGUCUUCCAGAAGGAGCUGGGGAAGCGCACGGGGACAGUGCAGGUGCUGAAGCGCUCCGGCCGGGAGCUGAUCGAGAACAGCCGGGAUGACACCACCUGGGUGAAAGUACAGCUGCAGGAGCUGAGCAACCGCUGGGACACGGUGUGCAAGCUGUCUGUGUCCAAACAAAGCCGCCUGGAGCAGGCCUUGAAGCAGGCGGAGGAGUUCCGGACGGCCGUGCACAUGCUGCUGGAGUGGCUCUCGGAGGCUGAGCAGUCCCUGCGCUUUCGGGGAGCACUUCCUGAUGAUGCCGAGGCACUGCAGUCCCUCAUCGAUGUGCACAAGGAGUUCAUGAAGAAAGUGGAGGAGAAAAGGGUGGACGUGAAUGCAGCGGUGGGAAUGGGAGAGGUCAUCCUGGCCGCCUGCCACCCUGACUGCAUCACCACCAUCAAGCACUGGAUCACCAUCAUCCGCGCCAGGUUCGAGGAGGUCCUCACGUGGGCCAAGCAGCACCAGCAGAGGUUGGAGGCUGCGCUCUCAGAGCUGGUGGCGAAUGCAGAGCUUCUGGAGGAGCUCCUGGCCUGGAUCCAGUGGGCUGAGACCACCCUGAUCCAGCGGGAUCAGGAGGCGAUGCCGCAGAACAUUGAUCAGGUCAAAGCCCUCAUCACCGAGCACCAGUCCUUCAUGGAGGAGAUGACACGGAAACAGCCGGACGUGGACCGGGUCACCAAGACGUACAAGAGGAAAGCGACUGAGCCGCCCCACGGAGCCUUCAUUGACAAGUCCCGCAGCAACAGAAAAUCCUUGCCCCAGGCCGCCCCCCCCACCAUGCCCAUCAUCUCCCAGUCGGAAACCAAGAACCCCCGCAUCAACCAACUCUCGGCCCGCUGGCAGCAGGUCUGGCUGCUGGCCCUGGAGCGCCAGCGGAAGCUCAACGACGCCCUGGACCGACUGGAGGAGUUGAAGGAGUUUGCAAACUUCGACUUCGAUGUCUGGCGGAAGAAGUACAUGCGCUGGAUGAACCACAAGAAGUCCCGCGUGAUGGAUUUCUUCCGGCGCAUCGACAAGGACCAGGAUGGGAAGAUCACCCGGCAGGAGUUCAUCGAUGGCAUCCUGGCGUCCAAAUUCCCCACCACGAAGCUGGAGAUGACGGCGGUGGCCGAUAUCUUUGACCGCGACGGCGACGGCUACAUCGAUUACUACGAGUUUGUGGCCGCUCUCCAUCCCAACAAGGACGCGUACCGCCCAACCACCGACGCGGACAAAAUCGAGGAUGAGGUCACCAGGCAAGUGGCCCAGUGCAAGUGUGCCAAGAGGUUUCAAGUGGAGCAGAUCGGCGAGAACAAAUACCGGUUCUUCCUCGGCAACCAGUUCGGCGAUUCCCAGCAGCUGCGGCUGGUCCGGAUCCUGCGCAGCACCGUCAUGGUCCGCGUCGGCGGAGGGUGGAUGGCGCUGGAUGAGUUCUUGGUGAAGAAUGACCCCUGCAGAGCGCGAGGACGGACCAACCUGGAGCUCCGGGAGAAGUUCAUCCUGCCGGAGGGCGCCUCGCAGGGCAUGACGCCGUUCCGCUCGCGGGGCCGCAGGUCCAAACCGUCCUCCCGGGCGGCCUCCCCGACGCGCUCCAGCUCCAGCGCCAGCCAGAGCAACCACAGCUGCGCCUCGAUGCCGUCGUCUCCGGCCACCCCGGCCAGCGGAGCCAAGACUCCUCAUCACUUCUCUCGAUGUUAUGACAAACCCUGGUUGAUAAACAGUAAAGCGGGCACCCCGCUGCGGGGAUCUGAUUACCCCGACCUCCAGCUCCCCAGCUCUGAGGUGACGCCGGCGGCGGGCAGCAAGCUGAAGCGUCCCACCUUCCACUCCAGCCGCACCUCGCUGGUGGGGGACACCAGCAACAGCUCCUCGCCCGUCUCCUCGGGUGCCAAAAGCGGUCGGGCAGACCCCAAGAAAGCCGCCAGCCGCCCCACCAGCCGCGCCGGCAGCCGCGCGGGCAGCAGGGCCAGCAGCCGCCGGGGCAGCGACGCCUCGGACUUCGACCUGCUGGAGACGCAGUCCGCGUGCUCCGACACCUCGGAGAGCAGCGUGGCCGGCUCGCGCCGCGGCGCCAAGCCCUCCAAGAUCCCCACCAUGUCCAAGAAGACGACCACUGCCACCCCCAAAACUCCGGGCCCCAAGAGAUAAUACCGCACCGCGCCCUCCGGCAUCGCGAACCCGACCUGUGUCCGAUUUUUAACCCCGAUACGUACAUUGGAUGUAUAUUUAUUCUAAAUGGGAGAAGCUAUAUUGUUAAAAGUGUAAAAGAAAGUCGUGUUAUGGAGCUGCCUUACUUGGGUUUUUUUUUUUUUUUCGUUGUUUUUUUUUUUCUCCUUUUUGUAAGUUACUAUUUUCAUGUGAAUAUUUAUGUAGAUAAAAACGAAACAAAAAAACUUUGCCUCUCGGAGACCCCUGAUGGGAGAGGGGCGGAAAAUGGAGACGGGGGAAGAGAAAAAAAGGAAAAAAAAAAAAAAAGAAAAAAGGAAGCAAAAAAGGUCAAGA